AUGGCCGAUGUCCGCGGUGAUGAUACACCUUUGCUGGCCGGUGGAAUUACUGCGGACAACAUCAAUCCCACCAACAGCGUUUUUCAGCCAUCUUUUGAAGCGUUAUUAGCAGGCUCGCCACUCAACAAGGAUCCGACGGCCAGAGACAACAACUCAAACUCCUAUCAUACGGGCUAUAUCAGGGGCUCUCCGUCCGAUGCGUGGGGCGAUUUAUCUCUUUUCUUGUCCGAUUACAAUAGCCCCGGUCUACUACAUCCAGAGCAUGUAUUGGGCGUUGACCAGCUGCCCACACUCAGUGUGGACGCAUCGAACACAAGCAGUGAGUGUGGGGACUGUAGAGCCAAAUGUUACACGGCGCUUCUUCAACAGCUCUUGUUCUUGCGCCAGUCGCUUCCCGAGAGUACUCGUCCCUCAAUCGACGUGAUACUGCAGGUCGAAAGCCACGUGCGCAGCCUUCUCGACCGGGUUUUGGCCUGCUCCGCGUGUCUCAGUAACCGCUCGUCUGUUCUCCUCAUGUCGGCAAUUACUGAGCGCGUAAUCCAGAUGCUCGACUGGAUCAUCGAGGAGAAGACCCUGCUUGACACAGAAAGCGCGCGCUCCAGUCAGCGAACAGUCAGUUCCUGGGCUCGAACUUCACAACUACCCCCGGCCGGGGACCGUGCUGGCGGGCGGCCGUAUGUGUGCCUCAUUCCAUUACUUGUAGGGAACACUGAACUCGAUGAGGAUACCAAACAGUACUUUCUCAAACAGCUUAUCCUCAUGCGGAUAAAGAAGCUUGCCGUCAAAGUACAGGAUGUGCGACGCACCACUAGUACGCGCCCCGGGGACUGCAUCUACCGCGCUGCCGAAUUAGUACUUGCAGAGUCUCAGCAACGAUUGGACUACCUUCGCGGCCAGGUUCAACUGUGGGAGUGA